UGGCAAUUCACUAAGUGUGCUGGCUGCUUAUUUCUGCGUCGAACGGGCUGUUCAAAUGUCCCAACAUAACUCAAGAACAACAUACCUAUGCUGCUGAUCUCCUGUUAAAUAUUUCACGAACCACUUCGGGACCCAGGUCCUCAGACAUGUCGUUCUCCACGUAUUGGACAGAUACCCUGUAUAAAUCACAUCUACACGACUCCAAAUACUUUCGCAUCGUUCACGUCGAGCCUGGCCAGUGGCGUGACCCACUUCGGUGCAGGCUUGAGGGAUGCAAAGUUGGCGACGACUCUUCCGAAAGAAGACGAUACAAAGCUUUGUCAUACGUUUGGGGCUCGGCCAAGGUCAAGGAAACCAUUCAACUGGACGGAUUACCGAUCCAGAUUACCUUGAAUCUAGCUUGCGCGCUGCGACACCUGAGGAAUGUCGACAAGGAUACACCUUUAUGGGUGGACUCAUUGUGCAUCAACCAGGAAGAUCACACGGAGCGAAGAUUCCAAGUUGGAAUCAUGCAUCUGAUAUACAAGCACGCCGAGGCGGUCGUUGUGUUUAUGGGUGAUGGACGCUCCCACAGGGUCAGCCAGUCCCAGUUGAGGGAGCCGCCUCCAUCUCCAAAAGUCAACUUGUUUGGUCAUGAAUCGGACCGUCCGUUGUUGACUGAGAUGUUGGAAACAUGUCAAUCCACCGGGACAUGGAAAGUUGCAUCGACUCUGACCGCUGCCACCUGCGCGAUGGGUUUGAUAUUGCUGUUCCCAAAUCAGGAGAGCGUUGAGACAGGGCUUUUGGAGCUCAUGAAAAUGAAAGAACACACAAGGCUUGAAGUGUUUGAGUGUCUUCGAGGGUUCGUCGUUUCUCCGUGGUGGAGUCGGAUAUGGGUUGUUCAGGAACUCGCCGUGGCUACCGCCGUCACUGUCCAGUAUGGCACAAUCACAUCAUCCUGGCAAUCCCUUGUCGCAGCUGCGGAAGUUUGGUCCAUACCGAAGACGAAACAGCUGGCAAGAAGUGCCGGAGUCGAGCCAGCGAAUAUCAAAGUCUUCGCACAGUUCGCCAAACAGGUCAUCGGCCUAGAUCAGACUCGAAGGAGGUGGCACGCCGAGGGUGGGUCGGAUCUUGUACGGCUUCUCCAGGAGUUCUCAGACCGUCAGGCCAGCGACGACCGCGAUAAGAUUUAUGCUCUCCUUAAUCUCGUGGAGGAGGACCAGCAGUACAUACGGCUUGAUUACACACGUGACGUCCUCCAAACUUACAGAGCCACAGCGUUGGCUCUCAUCGGAAAGGGGCGGUCUCUGGCCUGCUGGGCAGGCGAUCAGAAGCGAAAAUUCAACAAAGGACUCCCCUCGUGGAUUCCAGACUGGAGCACUGCUGUCGAUACCGGAGACAAAGGUCGCAUGGACCUUUAUAAGAGCUACAGCGUGAACUGUGGGUGGACCCUUCAGAUCAUCGAGAGCGAGAGGGAUUACUGGUACGCAGUCGAGGACCAAAUGGAGCUGCUUAUGUGCAGUUUGGAGAUUAAAGCUGGGAUGCUACCAGCGUCAUUGAGUCCGUUCAUUGAUAAUUACCUCAUCCUACUCAGACGGCGGGUCGCAUCACUACAGUCGUUCAGGAUUGACCCAGAUGAACUGAAAGAUAUAGGCCUGGAUCACCUCACCUGGGACAGCGAAAAUAAGGUCACACCAGACUCAACGCUGACGCACUUGAAAUGGUGUGAGCAACAUCAGAUCUAUCCCCGCUGCGGAGCCAAACUGCUACAGCGGUGGAUAAGAUACCUGGAAGCGCCCAGAGUUGUCGCCUACAUGAGACCCGACCUUACCCUAAUUGAUGAACCGCCUGGGAACGCCAAAAUGCGCGAAAGUCUAGGAGAGCUUGGUCCUGCAACGGAGGAUGAAGCCUUAGAAGUAGCAAAGCACAACGCUCAGGGUGCCAUAGACGACCUUGAGUCCAUCAUUUUGGGACCGACAACCAUUUUGGGAAUGGAAAUCAGCUUGGCUAUUGACGCAGUCAUUAGCCGAAGUCAGCAACUUCCAUCCUUAUGUAAGGGUGUUGAGGGCAUCAUAGCCCCAGAAAAGCUUUUCCAAGCAUCGUGCUCUUUCUUAGGCACGGCGUCCUGGUUGACGGAGUAUCAAUCCAAGCAAGCCAAGCCACUCGACUUGGACAAUGGACUUAAGCCGUGUACGAAUGCGGUGACUCCCGAGCGUGUCAUGGCACUGCAAUCAAUUGAAGUAGACACUGUUACCUUCUGUGGUCCAAGACAUUUGGGCUGGGCGGACACCGACUCUGGCUUACACACUCUCAUCUCUUGGUUCCACUCUUUGCGUGCAGCGCUCAUUGACCGACACAUUGAAUCGACAGAGUCCCGGCUGAUUCGUAUACCCACACGCCAGUUCAUCAAAACUCUAAUCGGCGGCAUGUGUCGGUGUGGGGAUUCUUAUUCAGAGGCAGAUGGGAGAUCUCUUGGACCUCUUGAGGAGUGGCUAGGGCAGUGUCUGAAGGUGGUCGACAGAGAGAAACGUGUGCAAGCGCAGAAGUUCCUGGACACUAUAAGCUUUGCAUUACCUCGACCCCCCAGCCCAUUCUUCGAAGAUAUACAGGUUGCGACGGAUGGCCGCGUAUUCUUUAUGACCCAGAACAAUUCCAUGGGCCUUGGGCCUGCAUCCAUGCAGAAGGGAGACACGAUACACAUCCUCCCUAGCGGCCGUGCGCACUUUGUGCUUCGACCGAAAACACCAGAAAUCGCACCUCAGGACACGAAAUACCCGGAGUGGGUGCAAUCUCUGAAGUCUGACAGCUAUGAGGUUAUUGGUGAUUGUUAUCUCCAUACGGACGACACGCCCCACAGUCGAGCACCAGCCCACCUGCAGGUCGAAGGAUCACUUCCUUUCGAGUUUCUUGGCGCUCAGUAUCUGGAGACAAGACAGCCAAAGUCGCGGACGAGGAAGACUAUUUUGAUGAUCUGAGAAUCGGAAAAGAUAUGAAUUACUGGUAUUGUCAAGACUACGUGCCUUCAAUCUUGCAUUCUAGUAGCAACAAAGUCCACCAAAUCAAAGAAGCUCUUCUUGAA